UCCUAAGUUGACUAAUCAUAUACUUGUAUAAGUACUUUUCCUGAAAAUUUCGAGGGACUUGAGAGAGCAAAGCAAAGCAAAGUAUUUCCGACACUGCCGUCGACCUCUCUCUUUCGCGCUCGCUUGCUUAGGAAGCCAUGACCAGCUCCUCUGCCGCUUCACGCAAGGCUUUAAGCAAGAUCGCCUGCAAUCGGCUCCAGAAAGAGCUUGUGGAGUGGCAGGUCAAUCCCCCAGCCGGUUUUAAACACAAAGUCACUGAUAAUCUUCAGAGAUGGGUCAUCGAAGUCAACGGAGCCCCAGGAACUCUUUACGCCAAUGAAACAUAUCAGCUCCAAGUUGAUUUUCCAGAGCAUUAUCCUAUGGAAGCGCCACAGGUGAUUUUUAUCCCUCCAGCUCCUCUGCAUCCUCACAUUUAUAGCAAUGGCCAUAUCUGCCUAGAUAUUCUAUAUGAUUCAUGGUCUCCAGCCAUGACUGCUAGUUCCAUCUGUAUCAGCAUUCUCUCCAUGUUAUCGAGUUCCACUGUGAAGCAACGCCCAGCAGAUAAUGAUCAUUACAUUAAGAACUGCAGGAAUGGCAGAUCUCCCAAGGAGACGAGAUGGUGGUUCCAUGAUGAUAAAGUGUAAUGACAUAACAAAUAUUUAUCAACUAUGUAUAAAAAGAAAAAAAGAAGGUUUUUGAUUUGGAAUACUAUUUUAUCAAUGUUAUUGUUGAAAGAGACGGGAACCCCUUUACA